AUGAUUAAGGACGCCAAAUAUGAAUAUCAACAAGUCGUCUUUCUACCAGAUGCUCGCUCAGUCCUGCAAGUGUUAGAACGGGACAAACUUCCUCAUCUAAUGGAAGGCUUCCAAGAACUUGCAAAGGAAAGACGAGUAGCCCUGCAAUGGAUUCUAGCCCACUGUGGGAUCCCAAGAAAUGAAGAAACAGACAGGCUAGCCAAGCUGGGAGCAAAACAAAUGCAAUCCAACAACAGAGUUAGCUUCUCUGAAAGGAAAACUCUGAUCAGGUCAGCCAAUAAGCCUAGGACAGUGAGGGAUGAUUAUCACCUUCUCAGCCGAGUGGAUCAAGUAACUCUGUUAAGACUCCGUACAGGCCACAAGAGACUAAAUGCUCACAUGUUCAAAACGUUUAAGCUAGCACCUUCGCCAACUUGCAGCUGUGAACUAAGACCAAACAACGGAGUGCCCAACUCAUCAAGGUUUGAGACAAUCUGA